AUGGCCAUCAUGGACCGCGCACUGGCGCUUGCAUUGUGGAUUACCGCCCUUGUCGCCGCGCCCCUCGCGAUGGUCGACGCGGUGACACUCGACCCUUCGCAAGGCGUACCGUUGCUAGUAGUACCAACGGGCAGCACUGAAACUCUCCGAAGGUCUGAUGAAUACGGCGCGCUCGCUGCGGGCACGUGCGAGAGCCUGCGAAGAGUUGCGACUCUGGUCCUGAAGGACUCGGCGUGGGGGACGGCCCUAGCUGGUUGGAGUGACGCCAAUCCUGACUGCAGCACCACUGCCGGCGUCACCUGCGACGGCAGCGGGAUGAUAACAACAAUUGACAUCUACGACACUCCAAUCCCGGGCAGCAUCCCUUCUAGCAUCAGUGCGCUUGCAAAACUGCAACGCUUAUCUUUUUGGAAGACUCAGAUUACCGGCUCCAUUCCCAGUACCAUUGGCGUGCUCACGGGCCUGACCACAAUAGAUAUUUCCUAUAACAAGCUCACUGGUUCAAUACCCGCUGUGGCAAUCAACAAUCUUACAACCCUUUACAACCUGUUUCUUGUCAACAAUCAGCUCAAUGGCUCCAUUCCCGUCGAACUCCUUUCACAUCCAGCCUUGCUCUAUCUAUAUCUUGAUGGAAACCAAUUGAGUGGUUCGAUUCCCACUCCAGUUGCACCAUAUGGUCAUUUUCGGGACAUAUCACUUAAUAACAAUCAGCUCACAGGCUCAAUCAAUGAAAAGCUCAACCUGAUUACCAGUUUAAGGCUACUAUCACUUAAUAACAAUAAGCUCACAGGCUCCAUCCCUGGACAGCUCAACCUGAUUACCACUUUACAAGAGCUUUACAUCUCGUCUAACCUGCUCACAGGCAGCAUCCCUGAGGAUUUCAGUGCCCUCGGGAAAUUGUGGAAAUU